AUGGAAACGCCGGGUGAUGUCGAAGAAACACCGCCGCAACCGGUUCGUCCACAAAGGCAAAGACAGCCACCGUUACGUUUUGGAUACAAUGCACCUGGUUGUCCUACGGGUGAAUUUCCUUUCAUUUGGCAAGACCCUAACAUGGGAUUAGUUCAAAUACGAGAUCCGUGGUUUGGCCCACAUUGGAUUGGACCGAUUCAACCUCCGAUGAUAUCAAUAUCGUGGAUGAGUCCAAUACAGGAUCCCAUGUUCCACGCACAAGUUAUGAACCCUAUGAUAUCACCACCGCCUUUUGGUUACUACCCAACGUAUUAG